AUGGAUGCGGCGACAGUGGACGUGCUGGUAUUUAGUAUGGACGUUAUCAACUUGCGGGCGACAGUGGAUGCGCUGGUAACAUGGACAUUAUCUUCAUCCUGCGGGCAUGGCUGCGGCGACAAUGACUUUGCUGGUAGCAUGGACGUUGUCAUCUUGCGGGCAUGGAUGCGGAGUUUGCGGGGCUUCCUCCAAGUCGACAGACACCACGGCAGGAGUGCUAUCAAAAGCUUCGGCUGUUCGAAGGUGACGCCGGGGCCAGAGCUUCCAAGAACGACGCGGCACUUACACGGCCUGAAUUCGUGCGUGAAGAGCCACUGGAAGGACUACGGCCUCAAGCCGGAUGCUGCCAACGUGAUGGGAAACAGCCGAGAGGAGUGCUGCGACGUGAAGAAGUGCGACACCUUCGAGUGCCCCAACAACACACAGUGGGAACCAAACCCGAAGGCCGUGGUAGGCAGCACGAUUAAGCAGUGCUGCACCAAGAAGAUGUGCGACACCCACACCUGCAGCAAAGACAGCCUUCAGAAGAAGCCAGUGAAGGGCCUCCAGGGCAGCACUGACGACGAGUGCUGCGAACACAAGUUCUGCACUGCCUGGACCUGCAGCGAUAAAACGAAGUGGGUCCACAAGUCGGCGCAGCACGGCGCGACAAACCUCGACCGCCGGGGCUUUUCCGACGAGGAAUGCUGCGACGAGAAGUAUUGCUUAGCAGAGAUCUGCGACCCUGCCACCCAGUGGAAGGGAAAAGAAGGACUGGACAAGAUCCAGGGCAGCACCCACGAGCAGUGCUGUGAGAAGAUCUUCUGCGACGACUUCGUGUGUGACACUGAUGUCAACGGCACUGGUGUCGGCACGCAGUGGUACAAGCGCGUGGACACGAACACUUACAAAUGGCAGGGAAGCACCAACGAGGAGUGCUGCCUCCCCAUCUACUGCAGCCAGUAUACCACCAGCCAUCCUACUCGCUGGGUGAGGAAGAAGGAUGCGAGCUUGCAUGGCAGCACCGACGUGGAGUGCUAUGAUCCGCUCUGGUGCUCUGAAUACUGCUGCGACAAGCAGUCAGGCCUGGAGCUCCGACCCAACGCGAAGCAGCACCAGGGCAGCACGGAUGAAGAGUGCUGCGUGAAGAUCGGCUGA